AACACAUUAAAUGUUCAUCCAUUGUUGUAAGUGGCUAUGUGCACUUGGGUUUCACAAGGCAAUCUCAAAAAGUAACAAGUCCGAGAGAUUAUGGAGCAAGAUCGAGCUAGGAAGGCAGAUCUCAUAAAAUCGCUGAGGUCUAUUAAUGAGGUGGUCAAAGAGCAUCCUGACAUGCUUAAUGAAGUGAUCAUGAUGCUGGAAGUAAAAGAGGAAAAAUCGACGGGAACGCAACUGGAUGCAAGGUGAAUGUAAUUAUGAUAUAAAACAAAUGCUUUGCGUAACUCUUCACAGGUAUUUCACGAUACCGAUUUAAAAUUGUCUUCUGCAUGAGCCAAGUUGUUCGAGCGACGAUUAGCGCAAAUCCUAGAUUAGUUACGAAGACCGUCUCAUACGCUUUGCUUUUAUUUAACUCAGGACUUUAACUAACGGGGCUUUGAGCAACUCUAGUCUCUUAUGUUUAUUGCUUGAAUUAAAUCUCUGAUAGUCUACAUAGUCUGCGUGCUGGCCAUAUUUCUUCAUAUGCGUCUUGCGCAGUAGUCAUGGAUUAAAAAAAUAUGAUAAAUUGUAAUUAAUAAUAAUAAUAAUAAUAAUAAUAGUAGUAGUAGUAGUAGUAGUAGUAGUAGCAGUAGCAGUAGUAGUAGCAGCAGCAGCAGCAGCAGCAGCAGCAGUAGCAGUAGCAGUAGCAGCAGCAGCAGCAGCAGCAGCAGCAGCAGCAGCAGCAGCAGCAGCAGUAGCAGUAGCAGUAGUAGUAGUAGUAGUAGUAGUAGUAGUAGUAGUAGUAGUAGUAGUAGUAGUAGUAGUAGUAGUAGUAGUAGUAGUAGUAGUAGUAGUAGUAGUAGUAGUAGUAGUAGUAGUAAAAGAAUAAAAAAGAUUCGAAAUCGCUGAAUUCUCACUAAGUCUUUGCCUUAUGAGAAAGAUCAAUGAUCAAUGACAAAGACUAGAUCCAUUCAUUCUUGAUCUCAAAGCGUCGUUUUCCUCGAUCAGUUCCUUGGGAAAAAUACAAAGCUGGUCAAUUAUACCUUUACACUUACAGACGUGACGACGAGUAUUUCGAGACAACACACCAAGGAAGGAAAUCGCCACCAGAAAUAUUACACAAUGCGGAGUUAAAGGGAGGCGACAGUUGUGAUAAAGAUGUGAGGUGGGCAAAUGUCUUUUUUUGAGGGAUCUUUUCAGGAACAUUCAGUGCUUAUUUGCAACAGACGAUCAACACGGUAAUUUACUCAAAGGGAAUGGCGACAAUUCUUAGCUUUCGGAGACAAGUCAUCAUGCCUCAUGGAUUUGACACGUUUGUUAUCCGCCACCCGGGGGUGGGGGGUGGGAAGGAGGCUUUCGUAUGGAUAUGAUGGUCAUGCUGGACGGAAAAUUAGAAAGAGAUCAAACAGGGCGAGCGUCAUGCCCUCAACAUGGGUACAAAUUUUGGCUUUCCAUCCCAGGGUGGACCGAGGACACCGGUGCCAUGUUUUUUUUGUUUUUGUUGUUUUUUUUUUUUUUCUGAUAAAUGUUGCAUUAUUUUUCAGUAUUGUCUUUCUAGCUGGCACGUUCCCCCGCUCCCCUUUCCGUAGUCUGUGUCUGUCCUUGUAAUAGACUAUGAGGUAUGCAGACUGUUUCUCAUGGGAUAACUAACAUGUCGAACGAUGACUCUCUCCGAAAGCGAAGAAUUCCCGCCAUUUCCUUCCAAUUAAUUACUGUUUGGGCGCGCAGGUUUGUCUUAGGUUAGUUUAAGUCCGGCGAGAUGAAAUCCAUAUUUACAGUAGGUGAUGUGAAAUUCAAUAUUUAUAAGUAAUUGAUUUGCACUCAUAUAAACUUAAUUUUUUAUAAAUAAUGAAUUUACGCUCCAACUGAACUUCGAUUGCCUGACCAUAAAUAAAAGAUGUUGUCUUUAAAAUGCAAUAUUUAUAUAAAAUGUCUUUUGGGAUCCGUAAUUAUAGGUAUAUGAGGUUUGUCAGGAAAUAAUGCUUUACUUAUCACUCAUUGAUUAUUUGUUCCUCAUUUACAAUGAAUUUAAUAAAAUAUAAAAGGGAUUAUUAAUGAAUAAGGGGAAAAAAAAAACGGCAUGAAUUUGGCCUAAAUAACAAAUUUACAAACAGCGCCCAUAUUUGAUUCGAAACAUUUGUAGUUUUUGGAAUUUUUAUAAGGACUAGUGCAGUGAAUUGCGAAAGGAACGUUACAACGGUUACCACGAACACGCGUCUUCGAAGGGUUUUUACUCCCUGUUGAACCUGACUUUUCGUGGACGUUAAUCAACUAUUUCCAUGGUUUUCCAGGCGUACUGACAGAGAAGGUUCCCUCAUCGCUGAAUGAAGGGCGAAGAUUUACUAGGAUAAUUUCGAAUGACGACGGCGUUUUUAAUUUACAUUUCAUUAAGAUGAAGGAUUACAUUGUUAAAACAACGAGGUCUCUGCGAGCUGAAUGAAAUAGCUGAAACGUAAUAGUUAACGUAAAGGUUUCCAGGUUGUUUAUUUAUUUGAUUGUAUAAAAACACGAGAGCCGUGGACGAAUUACCAAGCAGUAUGAAUUCAAAGAAACGAAAGAUAUCACAUCGACAAGGGAAAAAGAUUCCUCUGAAUGGAGACUGUUUUCGAAAAUGAAUUUUGUAAGCUGCAGAUCUACUUAUCAUUCUUCAUGUUAUCGAAUAGAAUCUAGAACUAGCAAGAACUCAAACGAGCUUUGAGGGUGUACGUAUUGAGAAAUUUUUUUUUGAAUCGGCCAAAGAAAAAUUUAGAAGGGUUUGUAUGGAGUUUUCUAAGCAUAAGAGACAAUUUGCCCCGAAAAGCUCAUUUUUGGCAAAUAGGCCUCUUGGACAUUGUUCUUUCAGAAUAUCCUGACAAAUCCCAUAAUUUCAUUUUAUGACGUCACACUUUAGUUCUCUAUUUGGGCUUGUUAUCUACAGCUUCAAGAAGGUAACUGAACAGCUUAGAGCAGAACUGUCAAGCAAAGAAAAAGAGAUCGAGCACAUGAAAAUAAGGUACUUAUCACAUUAAGUUGUAAGAGAGAAAUGUAUUGAAUAAUACUCCCCCGAGAUUUGAUGCUAUACCAUCGCUAGUUUCUCCCCAUCCCCCCAGUCCUCCAACAUAAACCCUAUUCAGACCGUGGGGACUUUUGAGGCCCUCCUGGCUAGACAGUUGAAUAUCUGCAAAAAAAUUUAAGCUAUGAGCACCAAACGUAGCGACUUUUACUAAAAUUUAUCUCGAAACAUUUUAAAAUCGUCGUCACUUAAGCAUUAACGUUAAUAUGGCAACCAAUUUCUGGCAGCCAUGUUUUUCAAAAUUUGCAUUUAUUCUAAAUAAAAUAGGUCUUAUUUCUAUUUUUACAAAUUAAAUCCUUAUAUUACACUUAAUUUAGCAUUUUUGUAUCAAGCAAAAGAGAUCAAGGCUUUUUAGUGACUAGUUUGAGAAACAAACAUGAGUUUUAUAUGACCAAACGGCAGCUGCUGAGUUUAAUUUUCAGUAGUGUUCAUUUGUCUCGGAAUUUUAUAUUUGCAGAUUUUUAUCCUUUUAAUACCCAGAACAAGUUUUCUGUCAGGAAUACCUCGAUUUAUACAGGUUUUGAGUAAAAUGGAUUACAUGUAAAUAAUUCAAAAUGGCGGAUCCAAAAUGGCGGAUGUAUCCAGUUCCUUUUUAGAAAUAAAUUACGUCAUGACAUCAUUGCUAUUGUUAAAGGUUAUUUGUGCGUUUGACAAAUUCUUGAUUUUAUCAAACACCUUACUAUUAAUUUAAAAAGUAUUUCUCGCUUUAUGGCUACUUUGAGACAACUUUGGAUUCUACUAAUAAAUUUAACAAUAUAAUGACGUCAGACUACGUAAUUUUGUUAAUCAAGUUAAGCCCAGAAGUUGUAAAUGAUGAGUACAUUGUUCUUUGUAAUUUUUGUUGGCGAACAUAAACACUUUUGAGGUUAUAGAGGGGGCCUCCAAGACUCAAAAGAAUCCAAUCCACUUACCGUUUAGCCGGUGCAGUGCGCGCUUGCCAUUGCAAACUGUUCACCUACAGUAUUCGCCUAACACGCAGUUCACAUUAUAUGAACCUUUUAAACGUUGGUUCGGGUUUGUUUUGUUUGUUGUUGAAAUUGUCUUCCGGUUUCGAUAUGCUCUGCUGGAUAACUACGGGUGUUAUGUUGAUGUCGGUUCGAAAACUAAUUUUCUAUGUAGUUUCAGCCUUGCCGCUUUGUUUUUUACUGUUCCAAUUCCUUUCUAAACAGAGUUAAAAAACGAAAUGCCAAAACAUCUUCAAGAGAAAAUUAAUUACUACGAACCUAACCUAAUGCUUAUUCGUUUGCGACUGUCAAGACCAGACCCAAAGCAGGCGGUUCCGAUCGUCUGUUGUUCCCGAAGUUUAAGAGACUAGUAUCCCACUUUAGUUGGAAAUAUGCAGCCAGCGCGUCGUUCUCCGUUGUCAAUAAGUGCAUCCUUGUUAGAGAAGCCACCCUAAAAUUUUACUUGAGACAGAGUUUCGGAUUUCGGGCGGAUCUCUUGUAACCAGGUUUUCAGGCUUGAGGAUCGCAACUGGUUUUUGAUUAGGUUGUCUCUCACAACAACCGUUCGUAAAGGCGUGCCCCGCGAAUUCAUCCUCGUCCCUUUUCGUGACUUGGACGUUUGCCCCGUGUUUUGGCUAGAUCACUAAGUCCGUGCGUGCCGGACGUUGGGGGUUCAACUGUCCGAGGGUUACUUUUUCCGAACCACCGACCGUGGAAAGUGUGUGGGGGAACGGCCGUUUCUUGGUUCCGCGGUUAUUUUCUAACCGUUUGCGUGUGCCUCUCUCCGGGGCUAAACUCGACGCCGGUGAAACCACGCAUUUUUUCUGGGUCGGACUUUCUAACACCCUUAGCCUGUUGGGUUGUAAAUGUCAAGUUGCCACGUAUGAAGAUAAAUGAAUUACUUUGCAGGUAAGAAACUGUACGAUGUGCAGAAAAGUAACAGAUUUUAAAUGACUGUAAACGUUCUGAAUUUGGCAUUUUCAGUAAAUACCAUUCAUCUAACAUCAGAAUAUUACAUGUUUUAGAAAAAAAUAUACAUUGCAAAAGUUUCAGAUUUAUCUAAACAGUCUAUGACCUUGAGCUUUUUUCCAUAAUUGAGUUCUAUAAUGUGCUACAUUUUUUUCUUGUUUUGCAGCUUAGUUCGGUAUUGUACAGAAAAUAACUAAAAAUUAAUGUCUACAUAAAGAGUUAACCGCGAUCCGAGGCUAGGAAGUAACCAUUACCUACGGCUUACCCUCGCCUGUUUUAAACUUGUUCUUUUUGUUACUGUGAAGUUCUCUUGCAAGGCAUACCAGUAAAGACCAAACAGUACUGUCGGACCGAUUGCAAAAAACAGGCUUUUAGUAUGAAGGAGAUCAAUUAGAGUGAAAAAAGAGAUUAUUUAGGUAGUUAGUGAUACCACAGUUUGUAAAAUGUAUUGUCACAUUUGAUGUAUUUUAAUAGAAAUGACAAUUUGAUUCAUGAUAUUGAAGCUAAGGAUUCACAAAUUAAAGAACAGACUGAAAGGUGAGAGUAAACGUUGCCCGCCUUUUAAUUUUUCAGCGACUUUACAUGUAGAGGGUUUCAUCUUUUGCCAGCUAUAUCCACUAAGUCAAUACCCUUGCAAAGUCAAAAAAAAAAUAAAGACGAAAUAUUUUGAUUUAAGCAUGCGUCAGUAUUUUUAUGUAAAAAAGACUCCACGGGUUAACCACUGUGGUAGUCAUGGACACAUGUUUUGUCCUUGUUUGGGCUCAGCGCGGCAUAUCCUUAUUCUUAGGACACACGAGAGGCUAAAAGCCCCGCUUAUUAGCUCUCCACUGCCAGGGCCAAUGUAAAUUAAAGCAUUCCUUCAAGUGAAAUCACUCAAGUAGCACCUGUGGUAGCUGGGAAGUGGAGUAAAUUAAAAGUCAAGUCAACUUUAUUUUUAAUAAAAUAAUUUUGUAGUGAGCAAGAUGACAACACCAAGAGGCAAAUUCGCGGGUAGCAUUAGCUUAAAUCUACCCGGAUAACGAAUCAUUCCAAAAUUUACAAUUAAAUUCAAUACAAGUCGUCGGAAAUUGUAUAAUUAUAUGCAUUUUUUCAGUUUGGGCAAAGCUUUGUGCAAUCCUAAGAAAAUACAAUGCCUUGAAUUGUCACGAGAACGUCGUCCUUACGGUUUCCACUGGGUGUUUCGAUAUUGUAUUUUUCUUAUAGCCUAAGUGAAAAAGAAGUGAGGCUGAUUGAGCUACAGAACCGCAAUCAAGAUGCAGCAACCAGGUAUAAAGCUAUGCAAUCUUCAGUAAAAGGUCGUAGACUUUAUGUACAUGUAUUAACGUGAAUCAAAAGUUUCAAAGGAACAUUUAUCUCGGGAAAUUCUGGUCACACGCAACACACCCUCAAAUUUCGCUAUGGUAAGAGUGUCACUAACUACAGCAAAAGUGUUCCGUGUAAUCGCUGCUCUUAUGUAUUACAAGUGAUCCAGUAUUGUCAGAUCUGGAGUAAUUUUAGGUUUAAGAACCGGCUUCAUUUGUUAGGCUGAACUGUCUCUUGUGCUUAAAUGACUAAAUUUCAGUUUGAGCUCGAGAUUUUUAAUUUUCUGUUCUUUCUCGUGGGAGUGUUUCCUUUCCAUCACCAUCACUUUUCGACAUUAUAUAACAUCAUUAUAAGAUGUCACUUCCUACCAGGUUUGGGUUUUUGCAGUGUCUUUUUUUUUUCUUUCAUCUUCUUUUUUAUUAUUAUUACUUUUCAGAAUUCACCAAAUGGAAGAAGAAUUGGGUAUUUUAUCUGUUAAGGAUGAUGAAAUUAAACAGCUGAAAAGGAGGUACCGUAAAAUAAAAAUGAUAAAUAAUAGAGAAUGUAGUUAGCUAGGAAAGUGUUACUUGAUCCAGUCACAUCCCAAUUUGAGCACAAACGUGAUCUUAAAAUCCAGGAUGAAACAUUUUUUAGGACUCUCAAGCUUUCGAUUCCACCUUCGAAUCUUUAUCAAGAGAUGGAGUUGGACGUUGUUGUUGUUGUUUUCUUUUCUUUGUCCUUGUCUUCUUCCUCUUCUUUUUUUUUUAUUUAUACUGUGAAUCACGUGAAAAACGUCCUGGUAGUUCGCGGAGAGCUCGUAACCGGCGUCCAGGUUCAAUUUGGGAGCCCGAUACUUACUCAUUCCAAGUCACCUUCGCAACGUUCGUGGCCAUGGAUGACAGCGGUAGCAGGGGCUGUUGGGCAGGGAGAAAAGAAGAAGACUCUCCUUCCCUUGCCUUCCUCCUAAACCAUUUACCCCUGUGCGCCACUAAUAGCCGCAGCCCCAAUUUGCUUCAAAAUUUCUUAAAAGUUGCCCGAAGUUACUGCUCUAAAAAGUUGCUCCUUAAAUUAAGGUCGUUCGCGCUAAUUGUUUCUGCGCACCCCUACUGCGCACGUAAUUCAUAGCGCAAUAUCACGCCACGUCAUGCAUCGAGCGCGCGCGCUGAGAAAACUGUCUAAGCACAUAUAGGGCUGGUAGCCGUUGCGUUAACUUCGCUUGCAAUUUACUUUCUUAGAUGGUCAGUGACACCCCAUUUUUUUUCGGUAGACCACUUUCUC